AUGAAAAAGUUGAUGAAGUACGCCAGUUUCUUCUACACCGGGGUGGGCAUACAACCCUAUGCUAAAAGGGGAGAUUCCGGAAAGAACAGGCUUAGAGACAGCAUUGUGUUUUGGUCCAAUGUGAUAAACUUGACGAUGGUUGGGAUCUGUGAGAGCAUUUAUGUUUACAGUGCCUAUAAGGAAGACAAGUUUCUGGAAGCCGUCACUGUGAUGUCUUACAUUGGCUUCGAUAUUGUGGGCCUGAGCAAAAUGUUUUUCAUUCGGUGGAAGAGGACGGCAAUAACUGAGAUGAUGGAAGAGUUGGAGGAUUUAUAUCCGAGGGGUAAAGUUGAGGAGGAAAGAUACAAUCUGGACAAGUACCUGGGCAGUUGCUCGAGGAUCAGCCUAACCUAUUCUUCGCUGUACUCCGUUCUCAUCUGGACCUUUAACUUGUUUUGUGUUAUGGAGUACUGGGUCUACGAGAAGUGGCUUAACAUUCGAGUAGUGGGCAAGACCUUGCCCUACCUUAUGUACAUUCCUUGGAAUUAUGAGAACAGCUGGUCGUAUUACCCACUGCUCUUUUGCCAGAAUUUUGCAGGAUAUACUGCAGCUGCGGGGCAAAUAUCCACGGAUCUGUUACUGUGUGCGGUGGCCACUCAGGUGGUAAUGCACUUCGACUACCUAUCAAGUACUAUGGAGCACCACAAAUUGACUGGAAAUUGGCAGGAGGAUUCACGAUUUUUGGCAGACUCUGUCAGGUAUCACGAACGGAUUCUUCGCCUUUCGGAUGUGGUGAAUGAUAUAUUCGGGAUUCCACUUCUGCUCAACUUCAUGGUAUCCUCGUUCGUCAUCUGCUUUGUGGGAUUCCAGAUGACUGUGGGAGUGCCUCCAGAUGUGGUUAUAAAAUUGUUCUUGUUCCUGUUCUCCUCGAUGAGUCAGGUCUACUUGAUCUGUCACUAUGGACAGAUGGUGGCUGAUGCGAGCUAUGGAGUGUCGGUGGCUACAUACAAUCAGAACUGGAAUUACGCUGAUGUUCGCUAUGAGCGAGCCCUGGUCAUUAUCAUAGCUCGAGCGCAGAAAGUAACCUUUUUAAAGGCCACUAUCUUUUUGGAUAUCACCAGGUCCACCAUGACGGAUCUACUUCAAAUAUCGUACAAGUUCUUUGCUCUGCUGCGCACCAUGUACACCCAAUAGGGUGACCAGAGAAGAUCCCUAAUCCCCCAUCUAUGUGCCCCUUAGAAUGCUUUCAAAGGCUCAACGCGAACUUAAUUAUGCGGAGGCACGAGCACCACGCAUGUCCAUCGCCAUCGCUACUUCGACACAGGGAAAAAACGCAGUAAUCAUUUUAGCGAAAAGAGCCCCUCUGAAAAGGCAAUUCUACGGCUCCACUGGAGAGCGAGGAAAUAUGUUGCUACAAAAGAAAAUUGCAGAGUACAUUUUACACUUCACAGCACACAAGUUGCGCUUAUGAGUUUUCA